UGACAAGAGAUCAGAGACCAUUCCUUCAUCCAGAAUCACUCCAGACCCUUUAGAUUCACAGCUCCAUGUUGGUGCUUCUUCUCUUCAGUUCACUCAUUUUCUACAGGGUUCAGGUCAGAGGACUGGAAUGACCAGCAGAAGCUUGGUUUUGUGCUCAGUGACCCAUUUUUGUGUUGUUUUUGAGGUUUGUGUUUGGAUUAUUGUACGGUUGGAAGAUCCAAACAUGGCCCAUUAUAAGAUUUCUAACAGAGUCAGUCACUUAUUGAUUUUUUCAUCUGUUGGUAUUUGAUAGAAUCCAUGAUGCCAUGUGUCUAAACAAGAUGUCCAGGACCUCCAGCAGAAAUAUAGGCCCACAACAUCAAAAAUACAGCAGUAUAUUUCAUUGUACACGUGGGGUACUUUUUAUCCCUGUGUUCACCAAACCCAUCUUGAGUGUUUGCUGCUAGUGUUUUAGUUUCAUCUGACCAUAGAAGCCAGUGUCAUUUGAAGUUCCAGUUGUGUCUGAUAACUGAAUAUGCUGGGGAUUGUUUUUGGAUGAGAGCAUUUUCUUUUCUUGAAACCCUCCCAAACAACAUGUGGUGAUGUAGGUGCUGUUCGAUAUAUUUUUUAAGGUUUUCUGACCCCGAAAGAAGAUAAAAGACAGAUGGUCGUGGUCACUCUCUUUGGUUUAACGGCCCCGUGAGUCAGUGACAGCAGGACUGUAUUUCAUCACUGUGAGUCAGAAGAGUUUAGCAAGGAGGAAAGGGAAGAGGUGGAGCUGUUUGAUUUAUGAAAAGCCUUUAAGAGCAAAACAUAGAGACUCAAAAUCAGACACGACAGAAGAACUCACAUCGUCCCUGUCUACCGAAGAAUGUACAGAUUCACAGGAGCAAGAGUUUUAUCAACAGUGAUGAUGAAGACCCUCCUGUUCUUCACGAUCUGCCUGGUUAAAGGUCACAUGAGUGAUGCUGCUGACGCUGUGACUGGCAUCACAGGAGGAAGUGUCAUCAUCAACUUUCAAUAUAAACCUGAAACAAAUAAAGAAAGUGCAAAAAGAUUUUGCAAAAUGUUGGGCAGUGAAUGUACAACCAUGACAGAAGUAAAGAAUGAUUUAUGGAUCCCAGAAGAGAGAUUCUCUAUGACUGAUAAUAAGACUUUGGGUUGGAUUAGUGUGCUCAUUAGAAACCUGACCGUAAACGACAGCCGGACGUACAGAUGUGAAGCUGAUGGUGAAUCGUUGCAGGUGAAAUUAGAUGUGGAACAAGAGUCGUGUUGUGGGACAUCAGAGGAACAGACUGCUUAUUUAGGAGGAACUGCUGUCAUCCGCUGUAAAUAUCCAGAGAAAUAUAAAGAUCAUUUAAAAGAAUUGUACAAAGUCCAGAAUGGAUCACUACAGCCUUAUGUUACACAUGAAAGCAAUCCAAGAUUUUCUCUGGAUGAAAGCAAACAGGAGCAUGUCUUUACUGUGACUAUUGUGAAUGUGAACAGACAUGAUGAUGGGGUGUAUUUCUGUGGAGCAUAUUUGAUAAACUAUCCUACAAAGAUCAGCAACAGUCUGCUUUUCACAGAGAUUCAGCUUCAUGUUACAGAUCUCCACAUCAUCAUUACAGUGUGUGUGUGUGUGUGUUUGAUUCUGUUGUUAGCCGGAGGACUGAGUUUGUUUUUGUUCAAGCGGAGAUGUAAAAAGACACAAGGCUCAGUCUCAUCAGAUCAGAGGAGCACAGGAGAAGGUGAUGAGGUAGUUCCAUCUGUUUAUUAUGCAACGAUCCCAGACUCUGGAAACACAACAUUACACCCGUCUGCUCAGAAACCUAUCAGAUUAAACACGGUUUAUGACGUGGCGCAUUUACCCACAAACCCCUCUGGCAGUGAUUUCUACACACUGGCUGAACAACCACAAAAUAUGACAUGAAUGUGAUUCAGUAUCUUGCUGUUUAUUAGUAUAAAUAAAGUUUUUUGCCAGUUGUUUGUCAUUUCAGGCCCUUCUUGUCCCUUUUUGUUUCAAUAUAAUAAUCAAUAGAUCACCACUGUCAUAUAAAUUACGGACAUGUUGGCAUAAAAAUCUAUACAGUAUAAGUACGUAGUUUUGUCAUUCACUUUAAGGUCAAACUGUCCAAAUGUCAGUUCAAUUGCCUUUACAUAUACAUUUAGUCAUUUAGGAGAUGCUUUAAUCCAAAUAAAUUUAGAAAGUAAGAACAUACACAGUAUUUGCAGCAUGAGCUCCAUCUAUUGACGUCUUCAUUUAAUAAAUUCAUUAAAAAGCAUAACAGUAAGAUUAUUCAUUUUGAAACUUCAAGUCAUUUACUGAAGAUCUUAGCUUGGAUUUAAAAACCCUCAUUUUCUCUCAGAUACCAAAGAACUGUUUAGGGACAAAUACCUGGGUUUUUAUUUCCCCUUUUUCUGACAGCGUGCAAAAUGAAUUAAACAAGGGUCAAAAGGGCAAUAUUUGGUUUAAGUUAUAUUUACCAGAACAGCUGAAUGAAUGAAUGAAUGAAUGAAUGUGAAUUUUGGUUGUAAGUAACAUUUUAUUGAAAAAGGCCCGUCCUCUCAUUUUGGGCCAAAAUGGCAUUAUUAGAUGAUACUGACAUCAACAAGUGGUCACAUAAUGCAGGUUUACACAUUGUGCAAUAUGAAUAAUGCCUGAUGUCUCUCGGCUAUGAUUAAAUAUAUUGUAGUCCUUCUAAUCAGAGACUCAUUCAGUCAUAUAUGUGUAUUAAACAGCACAUUUUCUGUUCUAAGAUCAAGACUGAAUUUAUUAAAUGAAGAUGUCAAUAGAGGGAGCUCCUGCUACAAAUACAGUGUAUUUCAUAGAGAGGAGGAGCAAAUGAGAGAGAGAGAGAGAGAGAGAGAGAGAGCUAGAGCUCUUUAUUAAUAGAGACCCCCAGCUCCACAGAUAAAGCA